CACAGUUCCUCGUCCGCUGAGACCAGCCACACCUUCCGCACUUCGGGCCGUUACAUGUUAUUAUUUAUUUCUUCACAAUGAAGUUCAAAGGUUUGGUGAGUUUACUGCUGACGGUGGUGUUGGCCGUCAGCGUCCGGGCUGACGAGUGGUCGUGGGGAUCUGACGCCUCGCAGGAGCCUCUGGCGACCCCCGCCGACCCCGCGACCCCAACGGACGUCCAGACGGAAGUGGAGUCACGUGAUCUGUCGGGUGAGGUGGCCGAGGGCGUCAACGAAGGACGACAAGGCCGCUUCUUGGGCCUCGGGAAGAAGCUGUGCGUCCUCGGCAUCGGCCCUGGUUGCGACAAGAAGACUUACCCUCCGGCGGUGGAGUCUCACUACGGGCAUCCCUCCUCUCCACAAGUCACGUCCAGCUACGCCACCCUCAACCACCAGGCCGCCCACGCCCAGUCCACCGCCACCAAGGGCAUCUCCGCCCUUAUCAAGGGCUUCUUAGCUCCCCCGAAGCCCCUGAACCCAUCUUACUCAGCUCCCAAGCCCUCCUAUGGUGCCCCAACCCCUGACUAUGCUGCCCCCAAACCGGCCUACGUGGCCCCAGUACCAACCUAUGCUGCUCCCAAGCCAGCAUAUGUUGCCCCUGUGCCCUACGGCCCCCAAACCAACACCCCGUUCCAACCUAUGCCGUCCCUAAGCCAGCAUAUGCUACCCAUGUGCCAACCUAUGCUGCCCCUAAACCAAAGCCCUCCUAUGCUGCUCCUGUGCCCACAUAUGACGCCCCUACCAUAA